AUGCAGAGCUCGGAGGAACCAAGAAGCGGAGGUGCCCACAACUACCAAGUAGGCGCUGGACGCGGAAGGAGAGAGCCGCGUAGUAACACUUGGGUAAGGAGGCCCACUAACUACGACGAAAAGGCGUUCUGCGAGUAUCAUCAAACCUACGGGCACUCAACAGCGCAAUGCCAAACCCUAGGAGCAAAACUCGCAGCUAAAAUGGCAGCAGGAGAGCUCCAGCGUGCGGUGAAUCUUAAAGACCUCGCCCCUACCGAUUCGAAGGAGGGAACCGAGCCGAACGGCGUGGCAGAACCCACAAAUCCGCCCCGACGAGAUGACAAUACCAAGCGCGAUAGGAGAAGCAAACCCGAAGAGCGAUCCGAGCCGAGGCAAAGGAUCAACAUGAUUAUGGGUGGAUCCCAAUAUUACCAAGACACGGUAACCUCUAUCAAAGCCUAUCAGCGCCGAGCCAAAGCGAAGAAAAAUUGGACUGAACCGACCAAUCUCCCGAACACGGUAAUCUCUUUUGCCGAGGAAGAAACAGCAGGGAUAGAUAGACCACACACUGAUCCACUAGUGAUCGAAAUAACGAUCAGAGACCAUGACAUAGCAAGAGUACUCAUCGACACCGGGAGCUCGGUAGAUCUUAUCUUUAGAGAUACACUCAGAAGGAUGGGAAUCGGCCUCUCUGAGGUGACGGCUGUCCCUAAGCCUCUAACUGGAUUUUCAGGAGAAACAACAAUGACUAUUGGCACAAUCAGACUCCCCGUGGUGGCUGGUGCAGUUACUAAGAUCGUCAAAUUCUCGGUCACCGACCACCCAGCGAUCUACAACGUGAUCAUGGGGACUCCAAGGAUAAACCCAAUGAGAGCAAUCCCUUCCACCUAUCACCUCUGCAUCAAGUUCCCGCCUCCAGCAGGCAUCAAAACAAUUUGA